AUGUCUGGACCAACUUUGAAAUUGAACAGUGGCCAUGAGAUGCCACAGGUUGGCUUUGGUCUCUGGAAGGUAGACAACGCCACCUGCGCGGAUACUGUAUAUAACGCCAUCAAGGUGGGAUACAGAUUAUUUGACGGAGCAUGUGAUUACGGAAACGAGAAAGAAGCCGGAGAGGGUGUUGCGCGAGCGAUCAAGGAGGGUCUUGUGAAGCGCGAGGACUUGUUCCUCGUCUCCAAAUUAUGGAAUUCUUUCCACGACGGAGACCAAGUCGAACCAAUUGCCAAGAAGCAACUUGCAGACUGGGGUAUUGAUUACUUUGAUCUGUACAUUGUCCAUUUCCCAGUCUCUCUAAAAUUCGUCGAUCCAUCCGUAAGAUACCCACCAGGAUGGGAGGACGAGAACGGAAAGGUCACCCCAGGCAAAGCACCAAUUCAAGAGACAUGGACAGCAAUGGAGAGCUUAGUCGAGAAGGGAUAUGCCAAGUCCAUCGGUGUCUCGAAUUUCCAAGGUUCCCUGCUCCUCGAUCUCCUCCGCUACGCAAAGAUCCGUCCAGCAACCCUCCAAAUCGAGCACCACCCAUACCUCGUCCAAAACACCCUCACCACACUCGCAGAGGCGGAAGGAAUCAAGGUUACCGCAUACUCCUCUUUCGGACCACAAUCGUUCAUCGAGCUUGGUUGGGAUAAGGCGAAGGACACUCCAGUUCUCUUCGAGCACCCAGUUAUCACCAAGUUGGCUGAUAAGUACAAGAAGACCCCGGCACAGGUCUUGCUACGAUGGGCUACCCAGCGCGGAUUGGCUGUUAUUCCAAAGAGUAACAAUGCCACUCGCUUGGAGCAGAAUUUGAGCGUUACCAGCUUUGAUCUUGAGAAGGAGGAAUUGAAGUCCAUCAGCGAUCUUGACCGUAAUUUGCGAUUCAACAACCCUACUGAUUAUCUCGGCACACUCCAUAUCUUUGCUUAG